GUGAUUUAGGAUUGGCCCCCGCCCCGCAUCACUUCGCCUCGGAGAUUCAGAUGCUGCUCAAUGAAACAGACGGUGCGCCCGGACUCCUCUGACAGCGAAUGGAAAAUCACACGCGCUUCAACUUCACUACGUCCAGUCACCAACUCUCGUAUCUCUUGCCUGUGAUUGAGUUCAUUUACGAGCGCCAGAAAAGGACUGAAUAGAGUUUCGUGCAUAUUUACAAGGGCUUUACUUAAAUCAUCACGGACAGGAAAACACGCGUGCUGUGUUUUCGCUCAUCGGGACGCUCGCGCUCAAACAUCCACAUUCACUCAUAGCCGGUUAUUCAGCCGCGUUUGCGCAAACUCCACUGGCUGCUAAAAGGCUUCAUAACAGCAACCGAUCCUGCUAAAGCAGUCUUUAACACCCCUUGAAACUCGGCGGACAGGACAAGACGAGCAGACGCAAACACGAUGCAGCAUCCCCUGACGGGCGGAACGUGCGUCGCCCUGCCAAACGUGGACAUGUGUCCUCAGCUCUCCUGUGCCUUGACUUUCAUGUACUUACAGCAGGGUAAUCAAGAAGCCCCAGCACCCCCAGAAACCAUGGCCCAGCCUUACCCAUCAGCCCAGUUCGCUCCCCCUCAGAACGGCAUUCCUGCUGAGUACACGCCGUCCCACCCUCACCCGACUCCAGACUACCCGGGCCAGACCCCCGUGGCAGAGCACACGCUGAACAUGUACACCCCUGCCCAGACGCACAGUGAGCCCAGUGGACCAGACAACAGCAUACAGGCGGUCUCCGGCACAGCCACACAGACAGACGAUUCAGCACAGACGGACUGCCAACAGCAAACACAGUCACAGGCCCUCGUGUUGAGGGAAGAACACAAAUCGCAGCCCAAGAGGCUCCACGUCUCCAACAUCCCCUUCAGGUUCAGAGAUCCAGACCUCAGGCAAAUGUUUGGCCAAUUUGGUAAAAUCUUAGAUGUUGAAAUCAUAUUUAAUGAACGAGGAUCAAAGGGUUUUGGUUUCGUAACUUUCGAAAAUAGUGCCGAUGCGGACAGGGCCAGAGAGAAAUUACACGGCACGGUGGUAGAAGGUCGUAAAAUAGAGGUUAACAAUGCAACAGCACGGGUAAUGACAAAUAAAAAGGCCGUCAACCCAUAUGCAAACGGCUGGAAGUUGAAUCCAGUCAUGGGUGCAGUCUACAGUCCAGAAUUCUAUGCAGUGCCAGGCUUCCCAUACCCAGCAGCCACGGCGGCGGCAGCGGCAGCGUACAGAGGGGCACACUUAAGAGGAAGAGGGCGCACCGUCUACAAUACGUUCCGGGCAGCCGCGCCUCCCCCACACAUCCCAGCAUAUGGGGGGGUGGUUACGCUGCCUACCGAUACACUCAGCCUGCUACUGCUACCGCCGCUGCCUACAGUGACAGAAAUCAUUUCGUCUUCGUUGCAGCAGAUGAAAUUUCUUGUAACACCUCCUCAGUUACGGACGAGUUUAUGCUGCCGACCCCUACAACCACGCACUUGCUCCAGCAGCCGCAUACAGCGUUGGUGCCAUGAAUGCUUUCGCUCCCUUGACUGAUGGCAAGACCAGAAGCCACGCCGACGAUGUGGGUCUCGUUCUUUCUUCUUUGCAGGCUAGUAUAUACCGAGGUGGAUACAGUCGUUUCGCGCCAUACUAAAAAAAAAAAAAAAAACCUUUCAAAAUCUAUUGAGAAUCUUCCUGUGGGGGUAACGGAGGAGUAAUUCAGAGGCCUGGGUAUUGCAAUACAUGCAGUAGUGCAUCAUUUUAGCAUCUCUUAAGAGAGAGAAGACAAAAACUGAUAUUUUUCAUCUUAUACCUCAGAUAUUUUGUGCUGUGUAUUUUAAUAUUGUGGGUUUUUAAUUUCUAAAGAUUACAUAGAUUGUUGGCUGUAGAGGUUUCUGUGGUGAUCUAGAGAGCUGCUAGAUUUUAAAAAGAUGAAGAAAAAAAAAGAAUAAGAUACAAAUUGUUAGGGCUUUAUCAUGUAAAUGAGUUAUGUAUGAUAAAUAUUCAAGUCACUUCGGGGUUAUCAUAUUUUGUAAGAGUGUAAGUGACUAAAGUCGUCCAGUGGUUUCUGCUUCCGUUUGACAUCGCCUUUCGUCUUUCUUUUGGUUUCUUUUGUUUCUGGGUUCUGUGCCGUAGAGGAAGAGUGCGCAGGGGGUUGUGGGUAGGAGUAGAUACGGGCGUGGUGGGCCAAAGACCGGGGGCUGUCCCCCGAAGUGCAGUGAAGAUACAGAGCCGGUCAAAGAGACCACUGAGGUAUCAGUUAUUUAAGCUGUCUUAUAUCAGUCAUUACUCAAAGCCAAAGGUUAUGUUCCUGGGGUGUUCAGUGUGUAUAUUCAGACUAUACAUAGCAGCUCGUAGAAACUCCCCAAAAAUUCACCACGACAGUAUUUUACUGUUUAACUAUUAUCUAGUCCUUAAGUCAGACCCACACUAGUUUAGGCCUACCACGAGAUGUUCUUUUUAUAUUACGGUACUUCCAGUACGUCGAUUGAUAUAAAUGCUGACUUUUAUAAUAAGGGAGAGACGAAACACAAAAAAAUAUAAAAAAAACAGACGUUGGCGGUAGUGCCGGUUACGUUUAUCUUCUUUUUUUUCUGUUUUGUUUUGGUUCAUUUUUUUAUUUUUUCUCAGAAGUUAAGAAACUCUGAUUAUUUGUAUAAGACGAGAGUGGGGGAAAAAAUAAACUAACAGUGUAUUCGAUUUGAUCUGUGCAGUGAAAAUGUUCUCUUAUACGAAAAACACAACUGUAUAAUGUUUUAGAUUUAGUGUGGUAGACCAACUGUUAGAGAAAGGUGUCUCAUUUUUUAUGGAAUCAUACACAGAUUUAUAUCAACACUUUACAAGUAAUGCAAUCAUUAUGUAGAUAUAAUCAUAGUAUUUUUGUCAACUGUACAUUUUUGCACACACACAACCUGCAAUUUUUCCAUCACUACUACUACUUCUUCUCAAUUGUGGGACGUUCUGUUGUCUGUUCUCCUUUGGUUCUCUGCUUCUUUCGAGUGUUUCGUUUUGAUAUCAUUUUUAAUGUGACAUCCUUUGUACUAUUAUUUUCUAGAACACAGCCUUUACACUUUGAAACUGUUUGAUUAUCGAGAAACUGAGAAAUAUAUGACUUGUGAAAAAGAUAUCUAUAUGUAAAUAGGAAUAAUGAUAACUAUGUCAUUUACAAGUGCUACACAAACAAGCUGUCGAGGUGUUCUUGAAGAGUCGCAGCUUGGCUGUGCAUACGCGAAGACUUCCCUUCAUGUUGUUUACAAGUAUACCUAAUUAGAGGUGUUUGUCACAUAUCUCAUUUUUUCUUUCUUUUGUAUUUAUAAAAGUUUCAAUUGCAUAAAAUACAAAACAAAAGAGCAGCUCCAGUUUAUCCGGCUGCAAAUAUCCUCUUGUGUACUGUGUGCAUCACAUCACACAACUUGGCAAAAAUAUCUUACCCACUGCUGUGAUUCUGCUCUUUCUGCUUUAAGUACGUGUUGUGGACCGGCUUUCUCCUUGUCAUUGUAUGUGCAUGCACUAUGAUCUGCAUAACAAUAACCAUCAAUAAAGUUUCUCAAGAUAACG